GCAGUCAGCUCCUCGUACCCAUCGCUCUAAAGUCUAAAGUCCAAAGAGUCGACGACUUUGUUUUAUGAAUUGUUUUCUAAAGAGUCGACGACUCAAACCCGGGUCCCAUUAUUGUUAGAUUUAUAACUGUUUCUGUUACACGUGUCAGAUUCCUGGGCGAGCGAUGCAGAGUUUAAAGAAUGGUUUCCAGCGGUGACGUAACGGCCCAACAUUUUGGAGUGAGCUCCCAGCUUUCUUUGACCACCCCUUCUCCCUCAAGCUGAUCUGAAGUCUUGCAGAGGAACUCGUUUGCGCGUUCUGGAAUCAGCAUUUUGGGGGGAAAUAUGCAGCGAGUAACUCUGAUUCAAAGAUUUUCGCGAACCUUCCGCGACAAUCCCUCGCUUUCUAAGCUUCUCAUCGUUUUCACCAUCAGUGGCGGAAGCCUUGUGGCAUACUCUGAUGCAUCACAGCCACAUGAUAGCAUCAAGAGUCAUGACCUCACCAGUGUCUCUAAAAAGAAAAAAAAAGUGGUGGUACUUGGAACAGGUUGGGCUGGAACUAGUUUUCUGAAGAAUCUGAAAGAUCCCUCAUAUGAUGUUCAGGUGAUAUCACCACGCAAUUACUUCACUUUUACUCCCUUGCUGCCAAGUGUAACAUGUGGCACAGUUGAAGGACGCAGCAUUGUUGAACCGAUUCGUAACAUUAUUAGAAAGAAAAACAUAGAUAUGCAUUACUGUGAAGCUGAAUGUAUCAAGAUUGAUGCGAAGAACAAAAAAGUAUAUUGUCGAUCAAAUUUGAACACCAAUUUGAAUGGGAAAGAAGAGUUUGCGGUAGAUUAUGACUACCUUGUGAUUGGCAUUGGAGCUCGGGUAAAUACAUUCAAUAUUCCUGGUGUGGAAGAACAUACAUUUUUCUUGAAGGAAGUGGAGGAUGCUCAGAGAAUCCGGAGGGCUGUAAUCGAUUGCUUUGAGAGAGCGAGUCUGCCUAACCUUACUGAUGAAGAGAGGAAAAAGAUUCUUCACUUUGUUAUUGUUGGUGGUGGCCCAACAGGUGUGGAAUUUGCAGCACAACUGCAUGAUUUUGUUAGUGAAGAUGUUGUUAGGCUAUAUCCCAAGGUCAAGGAUUUUGUGAAGAUUACACUGGUUGAAGCAACAGAUCAUAUAUUGAACAUGUUUGACAAGAGAAUCACAGCUUUUGCUGAAGACAAGUUUGGGAGGGAUGGAAUUGAUGUGAAAACAGGAUCUAUGGUUGUGAAAGUGUCAGAUAAGGAAAUAUCUACAAAAGAUGCUAAACGUGGAGAUGUAACUUCUGCACCUUAUGGAAUGAUUGUUUGGUCAACUGGAAUUGGGAGUCGUCCUGUUGUAGUGGAUUUUAUGAAGGAAAUUGGUCAGGGACAAAGACGUGUUUUAGCAACUGAUGAGUGGCUGAGAGUUGAAGGGUGUGAUACCAUAUAUGCAAUUGGGGACACUGCCACAAUUAAUCAACGUAAAGUUAUGGAGGAUAUUGCAUCUAUAUUUAAAAAGGCAGACAAGGACAACUCUGGGACACUUACAGUAAAAGAAUUUCAAGAGGUGCUCAAUGAUAUAUGUGAAAGGUACCCACAAAUGGAGCUCUACUUGAAGAACAAUCGGAUGAGUGGCCUGGUUGAUUUGAUGAAGGAAGGAAAAGGUGGCGAUGUUAAGGAAUCUAUUGAAAUUGACAUUGAAGAAUUUAAAGCAGCCCUCUCCAAAGUAGAUUCUCAGAUGAAGAACCUUCCUGCCACAGCUCAGGUUGCAUCUCAACAAGGUGUAUACCUUGCUAAUUGCUUCAACCGCAUGGAGAUGUGUGAGAAGGAUCCAGAGGGUCCUAUUCGAUUUAGAGGCGAAGGACGCCACCGCUUCCGUCCUUUUAGGUACAAGCAUUUUGGACAAUUUGCACCACUAGGAGGAGAGCAAACAGCAGCACAAUUGCCUUGGGAUUGGGUUUCAAUUGGUCGCAGUUCGCAAUGGUUGUGGUAUUCGGUGUAUGCGAGCAAACAAGUGAGUUGGCGUACAAGGGCAUUGGUGGUGUCGGACUGGAUGAGGCGAUUCAUUUUCGGGAGGGACUCCAGCCAAAUCUAGCCAAUCAUUCAUACCCUGUUUGAUAGUUCCUCCUUCUUUGCAGUUUUUCUGCUUAUACUUCCCUGUUUUGCAGCAUUAGGAUUGCCAAAAUUUGGAGGCAGAGAUAGAUAUUAAUAAUAAAAUAAUAAUACACCUGCAAUAAUACUUGAUGUUUCUGUAUGUUAAGUUUCAAGUUUCUUGAGGCUCGCAGUUAACAUUAUUUCAUGUUAGCCAAAAGUUCAUGAAAGAGUCUGCACUUAGAUAUAACAUGGUGGUAAGCCAUCUUUUCUUUAUUUGAACUACUUAAGUUUAUCUGUUGCACAACUCAGAAUUUCUAUCUCGCACUAUAUAUAUAAAUUUCUUGUGAGUUUGUCACUACCCAGAUAUGGUACCUUUUAAUCAUGUUAAAAUUACUUGGAAUGAAUGUUAUUGUUGGGAUUUUGGGCUCCCAACAAUGUGGAGAAAGGCCCAAAAAUAUGUCAAGCCCAUUGGCCUCACUUUAGAGUGGAGAGGGGUCAAGUGAAGGGAAAGAGAGAGUAAUUGGAAGAAGAAAAAAAGAGAGAGAGGAGAAGAAAACAUUUUCGCACAACCCUACUGCUGCAGCACUGUUUUCAUCACUGCGACUUCGUUCACCGUUGGAUCUGGCUGAAAUUUUGACAGCAGGUUCGUGACUUCUGGUAUUUCAUUCUGGAUGGUUGGAUCGGUGAGAAGAUGUCUGGAGUGGGAGAAAUCGACCUCGCUCAGUAGCAGCAAAAAUCUGGUUUUUUCUGAUAUUCUUGGUUCUCUAAUUUGUGAUUGUUGGUUUGUUGUUUCGCCAAUUGUUGAGCACUAUUUAUGCUAUAUUUGAGACUCUCUUGUACCCUGAUUUGAUCAUAGUGGAGUUUGAUUGACUGGCUUGUGCCCGUGGUUUUUUCUUCUCACAUUGACAAGGUUUUCCUCAUUAAAAAUCUUGGUGUCCCUUUGUUUGUGUGAUUUCAUUAGGUGCUGGAUUAUUUGUUAUUGCUCCUCUUAGAUUCCGG